AUGAAGACCGCCGGCAUCCUCUCCCUUCUGCUCUCCGGCCUCGCCGCCGCCCAGGACGUGCAGUCCAAGCCCUUCAACCUCGUCCUCCAAUCCUCCGACAAGUCCCUCAACGGACAGCAGCUCGCCGCCUGCCACUCGGGCGCAGCCAUCGAGUCGCUCUGCCUGGCGGGCAGCUCCGGCGCCAAAUUCUUCCUCAACACGACCCAGGGCUCGACGUCGCCGCUGAAGCAGUACGAGCCGGCCGGCGUGCUCAUCUGGAACCUGCCCAUCGGCGGCGACGGCGGCGUCGAGUCGGAGCCCAUGAGCUUCUACACCGACCCUUCCACCAACGUCGCGCUGCCGCUGUUCGAGCCCGGCUACGGCAGGCAGUACGUCGCCGCCGAGAGCAAGACGGGCCGCCUCGCCGUGCUCAGCUACCUCGACGACUCGCACACGCCGCCCACGGGCGACAAGGUCCGCGCCCUCAGCAACUGGUACGUCUGCCAGAGCUACUACACCGGGUACCAGUACCGCACCCUCAACUGGGUGCUCGGCAACGGCAGCCAGAAGCCCCAGAACCCGAGCUGCGUCAAGGUCGAGGUGCAGCGCAAGUUUGUCUAG